AUGCGCACAACUCCGUAUCUUGGCGGCGGUGCACGCGCUCCCACAAAUAAUCUCCCGCCGUUUACAGGCGUUUCUCCCCGUGUUUCUGCACGCACCGUGGCCUCCCAUCGCGGCGAGUACGUCUCCAUUGUAUUGAAGCCCACGGCGCUGAAUGCGCAGCACGGCUCCCUGGAGGCGCAAUGCGUCGCGACGGAUGAACCGGUGGAAAUCAUGGGGCUCCCUAGCGGGGCGGAGGUGGCGCAGGUGAACGAGUUUGUGUGCUACGUGAACCCCAGCAACGGCCAGCUGGAGUACUUCCAGCACGGCACGUACAAUGACGAGUACGACGUGGAGACGUAUCGCAAGCUGCUGGAUCUCUGCCCCAAAUUCCCACAGCUUUUUUAA